AUGGACGUUACCGGUGGAAACGAAGGCUCCGUUGGCCUAGCCGGUGGGUACGGGCAAGGAGGCGGACAUGGCGUGUUUGGUCCGUCCUACGGCCUUAUGGUGGACAACGCAGUUGAAUUCGACGUCGUCACUGCCGAUGGGAAAUUCCGCACUAUAAACCAGUGCAACGACCCCGACCUCUUCUGGGCUAUGCGUGGCGGAGGAGGUGGCGCCUUUGCUAUUCUAACGAGUUACCGAUUCCAGCUUCAUCCUGCGGUUAAGAUAAAUGUGUACUCAUUCAAAGCGCAUUUCGCGACGCAGGGGAAGAACACUACUGGGACGAAUUACCCUGCGCUCCAGAAAAUUCUCACACAACAUGCAACGCACCAGCCUGUGUGGUCUCAUAAUAACAUCUCAGGACACGCCUACUACUGGCCUUCAAAAGCCGAGAUAUACCUCGUCCUUCCUUCAAACAACGUCACUGCGCUGAAGGCGUUAACUACGGAAUUCUCGUCCUUCCUAACAAAUCAGUCCGACAUCCACGUCUCAGAAAGCAAAUACACCACCUAUCCCUCCUAUACCGGCUUCCUGAAUCUCACCAGUAGCAUCGCGGCGAGGUUAACACCGGCCGGAAUCUUCGAGGCUGUCGCCAGCAGACUCAUCCCGGAAUCCCUGUUCGAAUCAAACAACACUAUCUCCGACCUGGUCGAUGCCUUCUUAGGUGGAGUCCACCUUAGCAACAAGCUCAUCCCUGAUGACGGCACCCUGGCGCAGAUUAUAAUGACCACACCCGUGAAUGUACAGAACGGGAACACGACGAGCGUUAACCCUGCCUGGCGGGAUGCCCUCUGGCACACGAUCAUGACAGGUGGAUGGCCGACGAAACUUGCACGCGAAGAAGAGGCGAAACUACAAGACGCGUGGCUAGGGACUGUGCAGGAAUUGAAGGAGUUGACACCUGGGGGUGGAGCUUAUGUGAAUGAGGCGCAUUAUCUAGAGCCGGAGUGGGAAGACACGUUCUUUGGUGGGAAUUAUGAGGCGCUUUUGGGGAUCAAGAGGAGGUAUGAUCCGGGGCGGUUCUUUGAUUGUUGGAAGUGUGUGGGCUGGGAGGGGGUGUCUGAUCAAUAUUCCUGCUACGAGUAG